AUGGACCUAGGAUACAUGCAGAGACCUCGUGUCGUAUUUAGAAAUAAUAUUCUAAAUACUCGUGCCCAGCUGUUGGAAGUGUUCUUUCGACGAGUUGCUUUUGGUUAUACUAGCGUGUUUUCGGUAACUGCUCGUCGUCUCAUUGAAUUUGUAUUUCUGGUUCAGGCUGUUUUCGUUCUUGUCAUUUUCAUACACUUACAUAUUACUUUUGUGAAAUCGCCUAUAACAUGUUUGGAUAGUUUACGUAGUGAAUUCAGCAGUGGCUUGCACAAAUCUGCUUCAGAUUCAUCAAUCAAAUCGGAGAAGACAACAAAUACAACUGCCUUUUCAGAAAAUAGUACAUCUAAACCUUCUUGGUCAUGGCUUCGAUAUGGUAUAUUACGCAUUGAAGUUAUUCCAUCGCCAGAUCCCUCCUAUUCAUUGGCAGACUCAUAUGCCAAGGAGUUUUACGGCACUGACACUGAGUACACAUUAGAAGUGGAUAGUGAACAUUUUCCAACGCAUAAUAAUAAUAAUGAGAAUGGUGCUGACGCUGAUAAUCAUUCAGAUAAUUCCAUGCUGAUGCUUCCUGUACUGAAAAAUUCUCAGCAUUCUGUUCUAUCUUUAUCUUUUGGUGGAAAAAAUCUGCUCAAUGAGAUACAGAAUUUUUGGCAUUCUCUUCUGACCUUUCCAUCUCUUGCCUUUACGCAUAUUAAAAAAGAUGUCAGUUAUAUUUUCAACCAGAUAUAUAUUGAUGAAGAGGAUGACAGUGAUUGGUCGUCAACGUCAAUGGAGCAUCAUGCGCCUUCUUCUUCUUCUUCUUCAUACAAUGAUAGGAUUCAUUCAUUUCAGAUUAAAAUUGGACGAUUUCUGUCCAUUUUUAAACGUAUAGUUGUUGAUGUCUUUGUGUCUGUUCAUCAGUUUUUUCGUGAUAUUCUAACGCGUAUAUACACUUCACCAAGUUCUGCAUCAACACGUACAGAUGACGACAGCUAUAUAAUUGAAUAUGCUUUGGAAUACGGCUUUCUCCGUCUUUCACCACAGGCGCGUAAACAGUUUAACAUAACAGUGAAAUUGGUUGUCCUUGAUCCUCAAAGUAAUCCUUGUUUCGGUGGUGUUGUCAGUCGAUUUCUUAUGGAUGAAUUUUUGGGCUAUGAAGAUCUUUUAAUUGGAAGUAUAAAAUAUCUAUCGGCUACUGAAGGUCUAAAAGGUUAUGUGGUGAAUGUAAUGAAUGGACAGCAUUAUCGUCUUGUCUCUGCUCAAAUGUCAUGGUCAUCCUACUUUGCUGCUGGUUUUAUAAUGCUACUGUUUACGUAUUGUGUAUCGACUCUGCUAAGAUAUUCCAGUCAGCAGUUGGUUGUUGGGAUUGCUGAUGUCCUGCAAAUGUUUGAAACAAACGUUCCGUUUAGAAUUCCUGUCGCAUCUUUUCUGACAGUUAUUUUGGCUCUUGUUGCUAUAGAAACUAUAAUGUCUGAAUUUUUCGGGGAUUCCAUCACAGCAUUUUAUGUCAUUGUAAUUGUUAGUGUUGCUGAUCAAUACGAAGCGGUAUUUUGUCGUACUGGACUAAGCAGAAAAUAUUGGCCAAGAUUUUUCUACAUGUAUCAUUUUGGAUUUUAUGCCUAUCAUUAUCGUUUCAAUGGUCAAUUUAGUGGAGUUGCUCUUAUGGUUUCUUGGUUGUUUAUCCUGCAUUCAAUUAUCUACUUCUUUCAUCAUUAUGAAUUACCAAGUCUUCUUCUUGGUGAAUGGGAAUUACAUCGACUUGUUUCUCAUCAUAAUAAUAAUGAUCAUGUGAUGAAUCGAUUUCAUUUACAAAUAGCUACUCCUGCAUCAACAACAACAACAACUAGAACGUCAACAACAUCAUCUUGGUUAUCUUCGCCUUCUUCUUCUUCUGUUCAAAAUGACAGAAAUAUAUCAUUUGUCAAUGAAGUGAACAAUUCCAUUGAAGAAAAUUCAACAGGAUUGGACACUGUAGAUCGAUCAUCUGAAUGA